AUGAAAUAAAAUAAAUAAAAUAUACACAAGGUUAUCCGCAAGAGACCUUGGACAGACGAAGAAGAUUUUAGAGUAAUUGAAUUAGUUUAAGAAUUUGGUCCCUAAAAAUGGACUUAAAUUGCUUAAUAAUUAGAUGGAAGAAUAGGAAAAUAAUGUAGAGAAAGAUGGCACAAUCAUUUGAACCCUUUGAUAAAGAAAACUCCAUGGGAAGAGGAUGAAGAAUGGGUUUUAUUCCUAUAUCACAAGGCCUUAAGUAAUAAAUGGGCUGAAAUAGCCAAGCAUGUCUAAGGGAGAACCGACAAUUCAAUCAAGAACCACUGGAAUAGUGGUAUGAAAAAGAGGAUGCCUGAAUUUUAAAUGAAACUGAGUUAAAUUAAGUAGAAAUUUAAAAGAGAAGGAAUUUCAAUUUUGAAUGAUUAUGAUCCAUUAUAAAAAAAAGCUCUAGAGAUUAUCUUAAUGAAUAAACAAUACAAGAGUAUAAUUAGUGAAUCUUCUGAAAACGAAGAUGUUUCAUACCCUACCAAAUAAUCGAAAAAGAACCGAGUUCAUCUAGAGCUGAUUGAGUUAUAGAGAGAUCAAUAGGUCAAGGGGCAAAAUGAUGAGAUGAUAGAAUAAAACUACAUCAGCCAUGAUGAAUAAGAAUAGAGUAAUAGGUGA